UCGACACCACGACGUAUUUCCAAGUGUCGGCGAAAGCCACCGAGUUCAACAAGGGCCUUUAUGUCUUCAUCGCCAUUGGAUUCCUCAUGCUAGUCGUGGGUUUCUUGGGUUGCUGCGGGGCUCUCAAGGAGUCGCAGUGCAUGUUAUGCAGCUUCUUCGUGUUCCUCCUGAUCAUUUUCGUGGCCGAGGUGACGGUGCUGGUCUUGGCCAUGCAGAACGAAGACCAAUUGUCCAAGUUGUUCAAGGACAGUAUGAAGACGUUGGUGCAGACUGAAUACACUGGUUCCGAGUCCGAAUCUAAAACUGCCAUUCUGAACGAC